ACUGCCACCUGAUAGAAAAGAGCCCCCACUUUCAAGUUUCAAGCUCCUGAAAAACUCACCAUAUAACAAUGGCCUUAUCUUCUCAAAACUCUCUUUCAAUCCUCACUACCUGUCAAUUCUCUUCUAAUUCAUCAAUCCCCAAAGUUGCCACCUUUCACUUGUCUUCCAUACCCAUCGAUAACAACCAAACCCGUCUCUUGACCCUUUCAACCAGUAAAAACUCAAACUUUGAUAAAUGGAGAGCUAAAGUUUCUUUCUUCCCUGCUUUCUUGAAAAAGGGCAAAGAUGCUAAGGUUCUUAAGGAAGAGAUUCUUGAGGCCAUUGCUCCUCUUGAUCGUGGGGCUGAUGCCUCUUUUGAAGACCAGCAGAGAGUUGACGAGAUUGCACGCCAACUUGAAGCAGUUAAUCCAACAAAGGAGCCACUCAAGUCUAAUUUACUAAAUGGGAAAUGGGAGCUUAUUUACACAACUUCACAAUCAAUUUUACAAACCCAGAGGCCCAAAUUCUUAAGAUCUAGAACGAACUACCAAGCAAUUAAUGCAGAUACACUAAGGGCCCAGAAUAUGGAAUCUUUUCCAUUCUUCAACCAGGUGACCGCAGAUUUAACUCCUUUGAAUGCAAAAAAAGUGGCUGUCAAAUUUGACAAAUUCAAAAUUGCAGGUCUGAUACCAAUUAAGGCACCUGGAAGAGCUCGUGGUGAGUUGGAAAUUACAUAUUUGGAUGAAGAACUGCGAAUUUCCAGGGGUGACAAAGGAAACUUGUUCAUCUUGACAAUGGUUGAUCCAUCGUAUCGCGUCCCCAUCUGAUGUCUCAAUCGCAUUGUGGCACUGUAACUGUCUUGCUUGAUCACGGGAAGGAGAAACUUGCUUCAUUUGUUGUAUAAAUAUGUUACAUACAGGAAAUUGUUUUGCUUGUUGGCUAUUUCCUCAGGCCUGCAAGAUUUUGCAUACAAACAUGUGAUGGCUCUUUUUUCUUGUAUCUGUACAUAUAGACUUUAUACAUUCAAAAUACUGUAUUAAGUAAGCAAUAUUGAAGUUAAAAAAUUCAAUUUCUUCAUAU